CGCUGUCUGCUACUUGUUCGAAGGUUAAUUGUUCACCGACGUGACGACCGAACCGCCACGACGGAUCUACUAAAUAUCGAAUACUUCUCUCCCGAACCGGACUCCCACCCAAACCACGGGCAUGAAGUGCUCGCGUCUCACCCCACCCGAACCUCAGCCUCGGUUCCUUUAUGACAAGCAUUUCGUGUGAGAAUCAAGCCUCUCGAUUCUCUCUCCACUGUUAAAGUUCGAGCGCUUCUAGUUCAGUUACUAUCAGAAUCCAUAAUUUUCUCGAGGCAGUACAGAAUUUUCUCGGCUGAGGGGGAUAAUCGCAAUCAGAGCUCUUCUACUGCUACAAGCUCGUACGGUUUCGAUCAAAGAUCACUGGUUUGUGAUUUCGAGAUCGUGUUGAUUGGUAAUGCAGGCUUUGAUCCAUUCAACGGUAUGGUUUUGAGUCCAAUUCUGGUUGAAAACAGUUUUGAAAUUUUCUUCGAAAACGUUUCCAAUUACCCUCGGUUUGGUUGCUGAGAAAGAGUGAAGAAACGUGAAGUUGUGCGUAUGGUUAAGUUGAUCAUUUUGUUCUACGGAACCGAUGCAAAGGAAAAUACUAGAAUAAUAUUCUCUUGAAGUUCCUCCAAUUGUUGUGCAAACCAAAGCAUGGCACAGAGUAAUUGGGAAGCUGAUAAAAUGCUUGAUGUUUAUAUUCAUGAUUAUUUGCUCAAAAGAAAAUUGCAUGCCUCUGCAAAAGCUUUCAUGACUGAAGGGAAGGUUGCCACAGAUCCAGUGGCAAUUGAUGCACCUGGGGGAUUUCUCUUUGAAUGGUGGUCUGUCUUUUGGGACAUCUUCAUUGCGAGGACAAAUGAUAAACAUUCCGAGGCUGCCGCAGCUUACAUAGAGGCACAACAAAUGAAGGCAAGGGAGCAGCAACAACAACAACAGCUGCAAAUGCAGCAGUUGCAAUUCAUGCAGCACCGAACUGCUCAGCUACAGCGAAGGGAUCCAAAUCAUCCUCCCCUUGGAGGUUCCAUGAAUGCUAUAAAUUCUGAAGGAAUGAUGGGUCAGUCAUCAGCCAGUGUAUUGGCCAUGAAAAUGUAUGAAGAACGUAUGAAACACCCUCAUUCAAUGGAUUCAGAAACAUCUCCAGCUCUAAUUGAUGCCAACAGGAUGGCCCUUCUCAAAUCAGCCACCAAUCAUCAAAGCCAGUUGGUACAAGGUAAUUCUGGCAGCAUGUCUGCGGCCUUGCAACAAAUCCAGGCACGAACUCAGCUGACCCCUGACAUCAAAGGUGAAGUUAACUUGGGUGCUACUCAAAAAUCUUUGCCUAUGGAUCCAUCAAUUUACGGGCCAGCAAUUUUGCAAUCAAAAUCAGGACUAGGUGGUGCAGGAUUAAAUCAAGGUGUCACUGGUCUUCCAUUAAAGGGUUGGCCUCUAACUGGAAUUGAGCAAUUACGACCAAGUUUAGGUGUUCAAGUACAAAAGCCUAAUAUACCAACCCAAAACCAGUUUAUUUUGGCAUCUCAACAACAGCAGGUCUUAGCACAUGCUCAGGCGCAAAGCAAUCUUGGAAAUUCACCUAACUAUGGAGAUAUGGAUCCCCGUAGGUUGUGUGGAUUACCCAGGGGUAGCUUGAAUACAAAAGAUGGUCAAUCCGCACGAAAUGAUGGAUCUAUAUGCUCUCCUGUGCAAUCAAGUUCACCAAAGAUGAAGGUGGCCCAGAUGCAACACUCUUCCUCUCAACAGCUGGACCAGUUGCAGCAGCAGCAAAUGCAGCAGAAUAACAGAAAAAGGAAACAACAUUCUUCUUCUGGACCUGCUAACAGUACCGGCACGGGAAAUACAGUUGGUCCUUCACCCAACUCUCCACCAUCAACUCACACUCCUGGUGAUGGAAUGACUAUGGCAAGUAGCCUCCAGCAUGUUAACAGUGUGCCAAAAAGCCUAAUGAUGUAUGGUCCAGAUGGGACAGGAGGUCUUGCAUCAUCUUCAAAUCUGCUGGACGACAUGGAACAUUUUGGAGAUAUUGGUUCUCUAGAUGAUAAUGUUGAAUCAUUUCUGUCACAUGAUGGAGGUGAUGGUAGGGAUCUAUAUGGCACAACUGAGCUUAAAAAAGAGUCUUCUAAGGGUUUCACCUUUGCUGAAGUUGGUUGUUUAAGGGCCAGCAAUGGCAAAGUUACCUGCUGUCAUUUUUCUUCAGAUGGGAAGUUUCUAGCUAGUGCCGGACAUGACAAAAAGGCUGUUCUUUGGAACAUGGAUACCCUGCAAAGAGAGAGCACCCCUGAAGAGUACCAGUCUAUAAUUACAGAUAUCCGUUUUAGGCCAAAUUCAACUCAACUGGCAACGGCUUCAUAUGAUAAGUCUCUGCGAUUAUGGGAUGCAGCUAAGCCAACCUACUGUGUGAAUGCUUAUAAUCACGGUUCACAUGUUAUGUCCCUGGAUUUCCACCCUAAGAAGACUGAUCUUUUCUGUUUUAGUGAUAGUAAUAAUGAAAUUCGUUAUUGGAAUAUAUCCCCGUUCUCAUGCACUCGUGUUUUCAAGGGAGGUAAUGUGCAAGUUAGAUUUCAACCAAGAAUUGGACAUCUUCUAGCUGCAGCAAUGGAUAAAGUGGUGUCCAUCUUUGAUGUUGAAACUGACAGGCAAAUACACUCACUCCAGGGGCACUCAGAAAUGGUAAAUUACCUUAGCUGGGAUGCAAAUGGAGAAUUUAUGGCAUCUGUCAGUUCAGACUUGGUGAAAGUUUGGUCUAUAGCUUCAGGAGAGUGCAUUCAUGAGCUUAGCUCCAAUGGAAGCCAAUUCCAUUCUUGUGUUUUUCAUCCAAGUUAUCCAACUCUUUUGGUUAUUGGUGGAAUCCGGUCUCUGGAGUUGUGGAACAUGGCUGAGAACAAGUGCAUGACGGUUCCAGCACAUGAGAAUAUAGUUGCAGCUUUGGCGCAGUCACCUGUCAAUGGAAUGGUUGCUUCUGCAAGCCAUGACAGCUCUGUCAAAAUAUGGAAAUAAAAAGGCACAGAUACAAAAUAUUUGGUGGGACCAUCUCUGUUCCUUGGGAAAGUCAACAAUCAGGGUAUUUAGGAAUUGGGUUUGUCAUUUGGCAUUAUUUUAGAAAUUUGUUUUUGUUAAAAGUAUUAAUUUAAACAAUUUUUUUUUCUUUGUUGUAAUUUUGUUUGGUUGAUGAGGAUGAAAAUUGAGAAGCAGGUGGAGCACAUUGUCCGAAAGGUGAGAAAAGAGUAAACAUAUUUCUCAUCUAGGAAUUCUCCAUGCUAUAAGUAUUCUGUAGCUGGUUUGGGUUUGUCUAGUUUGUAAAUUAACUGGCAACAUGAGGUACGAUACUUGGUUUCCGAUAUCCAUACUCCAGAUCUGAAGCCUUGUUGUGGGGUCGGUUCUCGGUUGUCCAUAAAAUUGCAUGAGCAUCAUUUGCCCUAUGCACUCCCUCACAUGCGGCUCAUGGCAAGCUA